CGGGAAGUGUUAAUGUAAUUGGCGCUUAAGCAUAUUCUGAAUUUAGUAAGUAAGUUAAGUAAGAUCUCUUAACCAUUAACAUAUUAAUAAAUCAACAAAAAAAACUUGGCAAGAUAUAUAGUGGAUAUAUAUUUGAUAUAUAUUGGUCAUCAACAGUAGCGACAGCACUACGGAUGUUAAAUUAAAAACGUAAAAAUGUCAUGUCUAAUGUCUAUGGUGAUGUCAAAUUGUCAAUAGCCACUUCGAUAGGAUAUAGGAUCGUCCCGGAUUUUUAUAUAUCUGCAUGAAAUUGCAUUAAUAGAUUAUAAAGUGUAUACAUAUAUCGGUUGUGACUGACCCAAUUGCCAGCGGUUUAUACAUUACAUGAUGGAAGAGCUGCACUCAUGUAGCUGCUGUCUGGUACGGCCGCCGGAGAAGGGCCUGAGGACUAUGUACAAUCAUCUCGGCAAAACAGAGAUAUAUUAUGACAUGCUGAGAGACUGCUUCAAUAUAAAUCUAGGCAUGGGAAAUGACGAGUGUGGUAUCUGCGAGGUGUGCGUGGGACGGCUGCGGGACGCGAGCGACUUCAAGCACCAAGUGCAGCGCAGCCAGGCCAAGCUGCAAGCGCGGCUUAAGGGAGUGAUCACUGCUAGUAACAAGUUAAAAAUCAAGUUGGAAAAAGCUUCUGGAGUAGAAACAAUUGUAGGUGAUAUCAAGGUAGAGAAGUCUGAGGUCGAGAUGGCAGAUGGCGAGAUCGUGUCAGUUUCAGUGGCCAUACAAGAGAUACCGCAAGCGCCUUCAGCGGAACCAGUUGUUAAGACCAAUCCUAGUUCUGCACCUAAUCCGUCCUUCGUCAACCUCGACAGUGCCGAGUCGGAUCCGGCUUCUACUCAACCUAAAGAACACACAUGCGACAUAUGUCAAAAAACGUUCGACAACCCCAACGCCAAGUCCAAACUCGUAAUCCAUCGCCGCUCCCACACAGGGGAGAAGCCCUACGCUUGCAACGUAUGCGACAAAAGAUUCAUACAAAAAAGCCACUUAAAUACUCAUUACGCACUUCACAUGGGAAAGUUCAAAUUCUCCUGCGAAGUAUGUAACGCGCGAUUUCUACAUAAAAACCAAUGGAUCGUACAUAUGCGGAUACAUACUGGUGAAAGACCGUACGCGUGUGAUAUGUGCAACAAAAAAUAUAGACAUAAAAGCCACUUAACUUUUCAUAAAAAAAGUCACUUCGAAUCUGAUCCUGUGGACAAAAAGUACGGUUGCGAUGUUUGUGGGAAACGAUUUGCACUACAGGGCAAUUUAUUCAAACAUAAGGAAAUGCAUGAUGAAAAGGAAAAGGAGGAAAAAGGAAAGCAGGAUGACCCAAAACCAUACGAGUGUGAUAUAUGUCACAAACGAUUUGCAUUAAAAGGUGUCUUGAAAAAUCAUAGAGAAAUACAUACUAAUGAAACACCCUUCGAAUGUGAAACAUGUCAUAAGAAAUUCCGGGUAAAGAAGUAUUUAGAAGUGCACGUAAAGGUGCAUGAAAACACGAAGCAACACGCCUGUGAAAUUUGUGGUCAACAAUUUACUCACCGGUCGAGUUUUAAACGCCAUAUUAAAAUACACACGGGUGAGAAACGCUUUUCCUGUGAAAUAUGUCACAAGCGAUUCGGACGCACAACAAUUUUGCGAGACCACAUGCUUAUACAUAGCGGACUUAAGCUACACUCUUGUAAAGUGUGCAAUAAGCAAUUUAGACAAAAGAAUGCUUUAGACGUUCAUGUGCGUCGACUGCACACUGACGAACGACCAUAUCCUUGCGAUAUAUGUAAAAAAGGAUUUGCUGAACUAUCCGCCUUAAAAUUCCAUUAUAGAACGCAUACUGGAGAGAAACCGUACGUUUGUGAAAUUUGUAAAAUGAAAUUUAUUCGACCUGAAGGUGUCAGGAAACAUCUCAUACGUGUUCAUAAAGAGAAACCUAAUAAAUUUGUGGUAAUUAAAUAAUACCAUUCAGUCUAUUGCUAAGACACUGGACAUAGAAACUAAUAAGUUAUUAAUUUAGGGAGAUUAAUAUAUAAACUAGUUUUAUGUUUAGGUAAGUAUUUAAAAAUUAACCUUGUGCUUCUAAGUGUUUUUAUUAACAGUAGUUGUGGACCACUGUGUUGUUUGAAAACAUUCUUAUUAUUUUAAAAAUGUAAUAUAAUUUUAUAAAAAAAAAUGUGUCAUAUUUUAAUUGUAAUGGCGAACUAAGGCUCAAUAAACAUAUUUAUUGCUU